CAGGCCAAGGGGCGGGGAAGGCAGCAGCCGCGUGCCCAACCCGGGGCUGGGGAGGUGGUUGGGGAGUGAAUCUUCUGGAAGGCGAUUUUAAAGGCGCCGGGCUAGGGUGAAGGGCGUCUGGGUGCCGUGGCCGUCGGGGUGGGAGAGGUGCGCACGGGCGGCCGGAAGCGCGCUGCGCCCAGGUUGUCGCGGAGCCGGUAGGCGAGUCCCGAAGGAUGAACCACAAGAGCAAGAAGAGGAUCCGCGAGGCCAAGCGGAGCGCGCGGCCGGAGCUCAAGGACUCGCUCGACUGGACCCGUCACAACUACUACGAGAGCUUCUCGCUGAGCCCGGCUGCCGUGGCGGAUAACGUAGAAAGGGCAGACGCUCUCCAGCUGUCGGUGGAAGAAUUUGUGGAGCGAUAUGAAAAGCCUUACAAGCCGGUGGUUCUGCUGAACGCCCAGGAGGGCUGGUCCGCGCAGGAGAAAUGGACUCUGGAGCGUCUGAAAAGGAAAUACCGGAACCAGAAGUUCAAAUGUGGUGAGGAUAAUGAUGGCUACUCGGUGAAGAUGAAGAUGAAAUACUACAUCGAGUACAUGGAAAGCACUCGAGAUGACAGCCCCCUGUACAUCUUUGACAGCAGCUAUGGUGAACACCCCAAACGAAAGAAACUUUUGGAAGACUACAAAGUCCCCAAGUUUUUCACAGAUGAUCUCUUCCAGUAUGCAGGGGAGAAGCGCAGGCCUCCUUACAGAUGGUUUGUGAUGGGGCCACCUCGCUCUGGAACUGGAAUUCAUAUCGACCCUUUGGGAACUAGUGCCUGGAAUGCCUUAGUUCAGGGCCACAAGCGUUGGUGCCUCUUCCCAACCAGCACGCCUAGGGAGCUCAUCAAGGUGACCCGAGAAGAAGGAGGGAACCAGCAAGAUGAAGCUAUCACCUGGUUUAAUAUCAUCCAUCCCCGGACACAGCUUCCAACCUGGCCGCCUGAAUUCAAACCGUUGGAAAUUUUACAAAAACCAGGAGAGACUGUUUUUGUACCAGGAGGCUGGUGGCAUGUUGUCCUCAAUCUUGACACCACCAUUGCCAUCACCCAGAAUUUUGCGAGCAGCACCAAUUUCCCUGUUGUGUGGCACAAGACGGUAAGAGGGAGACCAAAGUUAUCGAGGAAAUGGUAUAGAAUCUUGAAACAAGAGCAUCCUGAGUUGGCAGUUCUGGCCGACUCCGUUGAUCUUCAGGAGUCCACAGGGAUCGCCUCAGACAGUUCCAGCGACUCCUCCAGUUCCUCCAGCUCCAGCUCGUCUGACUCAGACUCAGAGUGUGAGUCCGGAUCUGAAGGAGACGGGACGAUGCACCGCAGGAAGAAGAGGAGGACGUGCAGCAUGAUGGGAAAUGGGGACACCACCUCCCAGGACGAUUGUGUGAGCAAAGAGCGCAGCUCCUCCAGGAUUAGGGACACUUGUGGAAGCCGGGCUCACCCCUGAGCAAAUAACAGACUCUUCCUGAGGUGGCUCCUGUGUAAGCUGGCAACCAGCCAACUCAGUUUUCACGUCUUCUGCUCCUACCUUCUUUGUCUCCUCUGAAUUUGGAUAAUCCUUCUCUGGUCCAAGCCUCUGUCUCCGGUCAAAUACUGUUUGUACUGUUUCCUAAGAAUAGAAUGCCAAGGAAGUUUCUCACAUGCAGCAAGCUCAAUGAAAUGCUGGAGGCCGGCAUAAUGUUGGGUAAGAAGGUUCUGUCCCGUCUCCUCCAAAGUCAAGCUGGUCAGCCGAGAGCGGGAGGGUUAUGUUCCUCUGAAUAUCCUGUUCUGUCUAUUACCUCACUGGUGGUAAGGGACUUCCUCUGUCUACAGAACUAGUGGCGUGAGUGGACAUGAAUUAGUGUGUGAGGUCCUGUGAGUGCUACUUACCUGUAUGGCACCAUUCAUCAAAAAACACAACAAUAACAACAACAACAACAACAAACAGGUUCAGUGGCCCUAGACCAGCCAGCACAUCCAGCACUCACCCACCCUAAGUACCGUCUUAGGUUUCUGUCCCUUCCUCCAUCACACAAGGUACAGCAUUCCAGGGGAAAUUCUUUGCUCUUUGUUUGGAGGAGUGAGGACACUUUCAGACUUUUUUGUCAUGAAUAUGUUGGGAAGGUAUUUAGUGUGUCAUCACAGAACUUUAAAUUACAAGUAGGACCAAGUUCUAACAGAAGUCUCCUUCUUCCCCAUCCUGUGAGCCCAUAAGUAAGGAGGUUCCACUCCGAAAGACUUAAUGGUGACUGUCCCUAUUGAUUUGACCUGUGGACAGUGGGUAGUGAGCUGGCCUUCCCGGCAAGGAGGGGGAAUUCAGAAGUGGUGCAUCUAGUGUUUGUGAUCUGUUUCGCCUUCAGAACAACUUCAGUGUGUUGGACUAACAGGUUUCAUCUCUUGCCCUUCUGAUUCACCUGCUUGCCUUAAUCUGUUCCUAGAUUCAAUUGCAUUUAAAUAAAUCUAAGGGAGUUGUGAAGGACAUGCCCAGUGAAAAGCACUACUCUGGGCUGGAAUAUAGAUUGGUAGGGGCAGUAGCCAUCAGAGGGGAGAAAGAACCUGUACUGUGGUGUCCCAGGGGAGCAGAGGUGUAUAUGUACCCCCUCCACACUCACACAAUCUCUCUCUCUCUUUCUCUCUCGCUCACUCAUGCACGUGUGUGUGUCUAAUGCUGUAUUAUUGUGUGUGUGUGUGUGUGUAUACCACUUAUUGUAUAGUGUUGCCUCUCAGUACCCCCCUGAAAGAAAUUAGCAUGGUCAGCAGAAUCUAGGUCUCUUAUUUGCCAAUGUUACGUUUGUUGUUUUGUUUGGGGGAAACAGAGAAAUUGAAAGGGAAGGGGGAGCAAGAGAGAUACCUCCAGCACUGCUGCACCAUUGAUGGGGCUUCCUCCCGUGCGUGGGGACUGGGGGCUUAAACCUGGGUCCUUGUGCACCCUGGCAUGUGCAUUCUGUCAGAUGCACCACAGCCUGACCUGUAAAUGUUACUUUUUUUUUUCAAAGAUUUUAUUUAUUCAUGAGAAACAUAGGAGAGAGAGAAAGAGCCAGAGAUCACUCUGGUACAUGGGAUUGAACUCAGAACCUCAUGCUUGAGAGUCAGUGCUUUAUUCACUGGACCACCUCCCAGAGCACUUUUCAGCCGACUGGCAGUUAUCGUGUCCUGGCACUGGGCUGGUUAUGACUUUUAUCUAGGGGGCCUGGUCCUUCAUUUUGUGUGAGUCCUGUUUCUGCUAUUUAAAAUGCAGAAAUUGAAAACUCAGCUCUGGGACUGGGUGGAUGGAAAAUGCCGGUCCUUUCCUCGGCUCCACCAGCCACUGCUGGUUUCCUCUUCCCUACCAGAGCCACUCCAGGUCGACACUGGAGGAGUCAGGGUGUAAGGAGAGCCAGUCUUAAAGGGGUCACUUUAGUGUGUUAGUCCCAGGAUGGAAUUAUUCCAAAAGCUUUUAUUUUCCCCAGUAUUGCUAGUAGGUUUUCACACUCAGAUGCUCCCCACAUUUAUGCCAGCUGUUCUUUCCUGAACUUGCUUAGUUAAAAGAAGAAACGCAGAACCUAAGUCAGAAGCUCUCUUGCCAGCAGGGGGCGUGGUGGACACGUGUGCGGGUGGCUGGGAUGGUAGAGUACAAGUUCAAGUUUGAGGCAUCGUCUGCCAGUUUCCUUCCGGAUACUAAAGGUGAUGCGAAUUCAGAAACAACAGGUCUGAGCCCAGCCAACUCUCCUGAAAGUGUCCAGAUAAUACAUACUACCUAUGACUUGCCACUUAACCACCACCUGAAUGGCAAGUACAUUGUAGCUAGGCCAGAGAUUCAGCAGUACGGAAGCAAAGCAGGAGGGGUGAAGGGAGGAGUUCACUAAAAAGGAGAGGGAGCAGACAGGUAACACACCAAGGAAAGCACAGACUUUUGUGCAAGGACCUCUGGGUUCACGCCCCUAGCACUGCGUGGAAGCAUGCAUGGCUGAAAGGUGCCUAUAAUGUCUCUCCUUUCUCUGUACAUAGAAUUGAAAGAAGAAAUAGAAAGAGUUGGCCACAGGCCGGGGAGACAGCAUAAUGGUUAAGACUUAGCCCUGAAUCUCUUGCUCCUAGAUUCCAUCUCCAGCACCAUCAAAAAACAGAGCUGAACAGUGCUCUGGUGUUUAUCCCUCCCCCUCUCCCUCUUUCUCCCUGUGUGUGUGUACCUCUCAUUAAGGAAAAAGAAAAAAGUUUACCAGACAGGAAACUCAAGUACCAAAAAAAAAAAAAAAGUGGCAUGGAGUGGAGUGAUCAGGUAGGAAGAAGGAACUGGGGUCCACCUGGAGGUUCUGAAAUUAAUCUUCACUUACCUGGCAUGAGUGCCUCUUUUGAAUGCUGUCACCAUUGGGAAAAAAUACAGCAUUAAACUGCCUUUAGAGACUAUUUUCCAAGGACACAGUAUUUAUUUAUUUUACCAGAGUACUGCUCAGUUCUGGCUUAUGGUGGUGCCGGGGAUUGCACCUGGGACUUGAGGUACAUAACCAUUAUGCUCUCAUCUCGGCUCCAUAGUUAGUCUUAAAUUCAACCAGCCAGGACCUGGAAAAAAGAUCUUUGACUAAUGACGACUGCUGGGAGGGGACCUAAGAUAUCAGGAGAGAAUGAGGAGGCAUCAGAGACUUUACCACACCUGACCUUAGCCAGAGGGCCAAGAAACAAUACCACAGGCAUUGCCGCCAGCCCAAAGUGACCAGUCCUUCACCCAGCUGCCUCGCUGUCAUGACUCAGGUUGUUGCUAGUAACGUGAUGAUUAGGGUGAUGACUGCAUGGAGGUGUCUGAAAGCAGGGGUAUCAGUCACAUUUUGCUUAUAUGUACAGAUACCCUUUCAUCAUUUCAAAUUCAAUAAAUUUGGGAGUGCUAGACCUUGUGUGUGCUGGGACACAGCAGUGAAAAGCCCAGCUCCCAGUGACUGCUGUUGGUCACAUGAGUUGCUGGUCAGGUAGAGCUGUGCAUGACCAGAGUAAGGGCCUUUCGAAACACAAACAUCUUCAUAAGAGUGUAUGAUAAACAUGAUCACUGUCUUCUUAGUAGUGUCUUCUUGGUAUUUAAAUGAAGGAUCACCAAGUUAAUUAGAGACUCAGCUUUGAUAGGAUUUAGAAUUUCAGACAGGAAUGUGGGGUGGAAAAGAAGUAGUAGAUGUGAAAAGUGCCAUCUAGGAGGUAGGUGUCUAGCCACAGUGGUGGGCUCUUUGAUUUGUGUGUAGCAUUUCCAGAAGUGAACUAAGCUGUCGUGUGUGUUCAGAACACUGAUGCCAGUUCUGUGUGGAAUCCGGUUUCUGGCUCAUAGGCCUUGGCUUCUGUCCCAUGUUACAGUACUGUUAGUUCCCUUGUAGAAUACAUAGCAAAAUGAGUGUAUGUGCCCUGGGUGAUGGCUCUCACUUUUGCCUUAUUGUUGGAUAAACAAACUUGAAAUGUUUCGCUCCACGGAAUCUCCCAAGAAGGCUGGCCCACCUGCUGUCUCUGAGGUGUCUCUAUACUGCAGAAGAGUUGGGACUGUCUGCUGAGUACCUCAAGCCUUCUGUUGUCAGAACUCUGAGCAGCCUCCUAGCCCUGCUGCUCCUGCGUGCUGUGAGGUCCACCAAUGGGCCUGCCGUUGCAUUGGUGUUUUUUAAACCUUUCCUGGAAUGAAACUUUUUCAUUUUAAAUAAAGCAGUUUGAUUUGGA